AUGGCACAAAUUAUUUGGCUUAGCUUUCUGCUUUGUAUCGCUUCGGCUAAUAAUGGAACUAUUUGUCUACUAAACCUGGAUGACAUUGCAUGGGAUGACUGUAGCAAUGAAUACUUCUCAACUAGCUUCAAUAUCCUUGAUAACAUCGAUUUGGAUCCAAUUCUUGGUUCACAUACGUUUGUUUAUAAUAAUGAACCGAGAAACACUGGUGGAGACUUGCCAGGUAGAAGUGCUGAAGAAUCACACUGUGACAUUCCGUUCAAUAGUUUGGACUUGUACAAUUUUGCUCAUUUGUUCAGUGAAGAUACAAACAAUGUGGAAUCGACAACUGGAAGAGCAGAAAAUUCUCAGUUAUUACUGCAAGAAUUGCCGGGAAUAAGUGCUGAAAUUUUUCAAAGUAGCACUUCACUUGAUUCUUUGCACUUUUUCGAUUCCAUCCAAUUACGCAGAAUUGAAGAUGCAAACACUGAGGAAUCCAAAAUGAAAACUGAUUUCGCUACUGUACAAAAUUCACAGCUAUCUCUUUUAUAA